GCAUUUGCUUCACUCUCCCUGGAUAGUCCGAAAUUCGAUCCUUCACUGCCAACUGAAUUGGUUCCACAGGGUUUAGAAAUUCUCGACGAACUUCAACGGUUGAGGUAAGCUAGGACUGAGGAGGCAUCUUGGGGGUGAUUCGGAGAUCAACUUGGUAGAUAAGCACGCGAUUCUCGCUAAUCUCCUAUCUAUCCAACGGGGAAGUGGAAAGUGGGCUCGCUGAAAAACUUCAUUCACCAAAACACCAUAGAGAAUCACGAACCUCUCCUACUGGCCUAUUCUCCUAGAUUAGUCGUCGUUUGAGCACUCUGUAAUUUGCUGACCAAGAUUGGAACGUGAGACAACUAGAGCUGCGGUGGUGACAGGAGGAGACGGAAACGAUGAUGAUGGAGAUGAGUUCCUGCGGCUGUGGUUUGUGAAGGAAAAGUAGAGACGAGUUAGGGAAAAAUGGUUUCUUCAUUCCUUGUGGCCGCCGCAUGCAUUGGAUUGCGGCACUUGGAGAAACACCGACCACCGUUUAGGAUUUAGGUCAAUUUAUUUAGUUAAUAUAAAAUGUUUAAUAGCAGACAGGUGCUAUUUUAUGUUAAAAUACAAUAUUUUUAAUAAAUAAAGAAAAGGAUAAAAGGGUAAUUUUCAAUGUGUAAAUUAGGGCGAUAUAAUAAACUUAGGGCGACAAUUAGCAACUCCCUUAAUGAAGGACCCAUUUUUGGCUCUCGAAAACUCCCAUCUCCUCAAUUUAUUAAGAAGCCCAUGUUUCAUUCCCAGAGGCUCUGUUGCCGGCCAUGGAUAUUGAAACGAGGAAGAUGGCGACUUCUUCCCCUGCAUCCGGCAGUGAAACCGAGAUCCUCGCCAUGAAUCCGGCGAAGAAGCUCAAAAUCAUGCAAGAUCUGAGGGAUUUCGCGGAGGGUUGGAAGCGGAUGAGGGAUGCUCGAUUUACCUUGGGAAUCGCAAGAAGGGCAGCUCGAGCAGUGCGGAAACAGAGGAGGCUUGUUAGGCAUCUACGAGGCGGAGGCAGCGAAGAUGAGAGGAGGAGCCACCGAAAGCACCGACGUUUGGAAGGAGAUUGAGGCGGUGAUUAAUAAGGCGGAGAUGACCUCGCGUCAGUGAGCGAGGUGUUGAUUAACAAUCGAAGGGUUAAGGACUAGGCAGUGGCGGAGUUGCUGGAGAUUCUGAGGGUGAGAGCGGCGACUCGUGGCGACUCUGGCAUCGGCAGGCGUUACGAUGAAGGUGAACAGGCGAUGAUGGUGAUGAGAGUAGAAGAAGCUUCUGGGAGUUUAGGGUUGAUGAAGGUGAAUAGGAUUAGGCGGUGGGGGGAGAGAAGUGAUUAUUGCUUUUAAGAUUUUUUAUUUAAUUUGAUUAAAAUAAAGGAUAAAUUUUUUG